CCCCAACAUCAAUCAUAAACACUCAAGGAAACGAAACUACUAUUUGUUUACUGAAAACCGCUGUUAGUACUGUCUCCUUAGCUAACCAAAGAGCUGUUGCAAACAUUUUGUUUGACGAGGGUGCCCAGUGCUCUUUUAUCACCUGUGAAUUAGCCGACAAGCUUCACGCAUGUCCCCAACAAACUAAAGAUAUCCAGAUUUCAACAUUUGGGGGAGAACAACCAACCAGUCACACAUUAGAAACCGUUACCAUCAACAUCGAAAGCAUCACAGGUGAGAAAAUACCAGUUAGUGUUUUGGUUGUUCCAAAGAUUGCCACACCUUUGCAAAAUCGUAUUCGCACCAACGUCCGGACUCUCCCUUACCUAAAGGGAAUCCCACUCGCCCACCCAAUCACCUCAGACGAGAAAUUUGAAGUCUCGCUCUUGAUUGGAGCAAAUUACUACUGGGAAAUAGUCCAAGACCAUAUUAUCAGAGGAGCUGGUCCAACAGCUAUGGAGUCUAAACUUGGAUAUCUGCUAUCGGGACCCUUACCCCUGGGAGAAGCCCCAUCCAACACCACCAUGUUAAAUGUCAUUACCAUGCCUCAUCAUCAAGUAGAGAGCAUGGACCCCAAUCG